UACUGGCUCCAUUGCACUUCUGCUUAGUUUAUGUUUUGGGCUGUAAGUUCACUCUUCUAGCAUCUGAAGAAGGAAGAGGAGAUCUUCAAGUGCUCUCAGCUGAAUCCAGUAGAAGAAUGAAGAGAUUCGGUCAAGUCGGACCUGACAGGCCUGAUAACCUUGAGCUUGAACUGACUGAUGGAAUCUCUAGUCAGUCAGUGCAGCCAAUCUUUGCUACCCCAGUAUCCGUGACAACAGUUAAAGAUGUGGGGAGGUCAGUCGCUCACCUGGCGUCCUAUGCAAGAGGCCGCUGGAAACAUGCUGCCCGCAAGUCUGUAAGGAAGAAACCCAAAGAGGAAUAUGUAGGCAGCAAAUACAAGGGUCUGGCAAUGGAUGAAGACAAUGUAGAUGGACAGAAGAAGAUCCAGCUAAAUAAAAGGCUUCUGGAUCACUUUCGAGUCCUGGCGGCCAGCAAUAAAGACACAGAUGAGGUGGACCUGCAGUUUCUGAAUGAUGUCCUCACAGAUGGAGCUGACCCAAACUCAGCUGAUAAAUAUGGGCAAAUGGCCCUGCAUGAGAUCUCUCGGGCAUGGAAUGUGGACGUGAUGCGUUUCUUCCUGGAAAGAGGGGCAGAUUUUCAGAGGGCCGAUGCUUUUGGAGUGACACCUCUUCACGUAGCCGCAGCUCUGGAUUAUGAGGAGAUGCUGCAGUUCCUGUUAGAAAGAGGAGGUGUGUUUAUGUGUGUUUAUCAGGGUUCAGCAAAAUUCAGAAUUUAA